AUGGAGGACUCCUUAAUGGCCGGAUCCAAAGACUCCCAGUUGUCUCCACUGGCAUCCUCCAGCCGUCGCAACAAUGCCUGGCAUGAUGUGCUCGAGAUCUGCAAGAAGGGCUUCGCCAACAAGAUGAGCAGCAUGAGCCACGAGAUCCUUGGCGAGGUGCGGCUAGAAGUCGACCAGAGUGCGACCGCCUUGCGCAAGGACGUGGCUGGGAUGUUGGAGCAACGUGAGCGGACGGCCAACGACAAGCUGGCAAGACUGGAUGAAAAGAUGGACAAGGUGGUGGACUGGGCCAAAUGCGGCUAUGUCGACUUCAGCAAGUUUGACUUCACUCCACUGCUUGAUGAGAUUCGCAGCAGUGAGAUGCUGCAUGCGGAGAGCUCCCGGAUGCUCUCACAGCGCCUGGACGAGAGCCUCGUGCUGAUCAGCAACACCCUCGAGAAGUUAUCAAGCCAAUCGGAAGAAAAGGACAGCAAGCUCGAGAAACUCCGCGACAGAGUCCAAGCCUCUGAAGAGAUUCUUCUCCAGGUGUCCGAAACCUUGCAAUCCAGCUCCAAGGACCUUGCUGAGAAGGUAGGGCAGUUUCAGGAGCAGGCUGGGACAAAGAAUCAAGAGUUUGCUUCGGAACUGGGCUUCGUAGCAGACCGCUUGCGCAAGCCUCUGCCAAUCGACGACAAGGCGCUUCUCGAGCAGGUCCAGAAGCUCACGGAGGCGCAAGCCGCGGACACGAACACGAUGCUGGGUGAGAUUGGGAAGAUCCAACAGGCUAUGAACCUAGACUUCGUGAAGACGGUGCAGGGAAAUGGCGAAGACUGGGCGACAUCGUUCCCAGCCGUGGCUAUUGCGAUGGAUUCAACCAUGCAUUCCAUGAGCCCAGAAAUGCUUGGACUGAAAGGUGGCAAAGGCGCACCAGAAAAGCCGGAGAAGAAGCGUGUACGGGUGCGAGAGUUUUUUUCGCAGACCGAUACGGUGGAGACGCAGAUAGUCGGGGUACAAACUGACCCAAAGAUGAUGGACGUCAAGAAGAAGGUUGUUCUCAGGCCGAGCAAAACAGCGAAAGCCAACAAGAUGCAGAAGGACAUCACGGCCUCCAGGACCCGAGGCUUCACCGAUGCAGAUGCUCUGAAGAAAAAAGCCAGGCAAGCCUUGAUGAAGCCGCCGUACAACGUCAUGGACUACUACCGUGAGACUGGCAUCUUCCAGAGGAUCGCGCGAAGCACAGCCUUCGACUGGCUCAGCCUCUUUAUGGUUAUCCUGAAUGCUGGGUGGAUCGCUGUAGAUGCCGACCUCAACAGCGCAGCCGUUAUCACCAAUGCCAGCCCACCGUUUAUUCUCGUUGAAAACCUCUUCUGCACGUACUUUUUUGGUGAAGUCUUCAUCCGCUUCAUGGCUUUUGCCGAGAAGUGGCGGUGUUUGCGGGACGGCUGGUUCGUUUUCGACUCGCUGCUGGUGUUUACCAUGGUCAUUGAAACGUGGAUAAUGCCGAUCAUCGUGCUGGGGUUCAACAUCGACUUGGCAAAUGCUCUGGACCUCUCAACCCUGCGCAUGUUCCGGAUGGUGAAGCUGUUGCGGCUCUCGCGCAUGGCCAAACUGCUCCGCGCAGUGCCUGAGCUUACGAUCAUUAUGAAAGGCAUCAGGCUUGCUACCAGGUCAGUUGUGGUGUUCUUCGCUCUCUGGAUGAUGAUCAUCUAUGUCUUCGCUCUGGUGCUCCGGCAACUCACUGAGGGCCAAUCAGUGGGGAACCAGUACUUCGCCAACGUGCCGCAGUCUGUCAACAAUUUGCUGCUUUAUGGAAUUCUUCCCGAACAACGUGAAAUCGUGACCACGCUGGGAAACGCGGGCGCCUGGAUGUGGCCUCUGAUCCUGUGCUUCUUUCUCCUCUGUUCUAUCACCAUCAUGUACAUGCUGGUGGGUGUCUUGGUGGAUGUGAUCCGCGUCAUAUCAACCACUGAAAAAGAAGGCCUGACAGUGGCUUACCUGGCCAGCGAGCUUCGAGAUAAGAUGGAUGCUCUCAACUACAAUCCUGAAGAACCUCUGACGCAGUUCGAAUUCCAAAAGCUCCUUCUGGAGCCAGAUAUUGCUGUGAUCCUUUCAGGAGAGGGCGUGGAUGUCAUCGCUCUGGUGGACAGCUUGGACAUGAUCUACGAGGACCUCUCCAAGAACGGCAAGGACGGCCUCGACUUUGCUGCAGCCCUGGAGCUGCUGCUGAACAUGAGAGGGGGCAAUGCCGCCACCGUGAAGGAUGUGAAGGAACAGCUCCGCCUCACCAAGUCCCUGGUGAAGUCAACGCAGUGGACCCUGAUGGAAAAAAUGACCGCAGAGUUCGCCAACGUCCUGGCCCAGUUGAGGGAGCUGCGCGAGGAGGCGCUCCAGAGAGAUGGCCGAGAAGCCGAGGAAGACGUGGAAUUCGAUGAGGUUGCGGAGUCCUUGAUGCCAAAAUCGGUGCGAGAGUAA